AUGGCUUUGCGGUCUGUUCUCAAAUUCAAAUAUUGUCCCUGUAAAGUAAGCGUGGCUGAGUUGUUCCGAGGGAGCAAAGCGGUCACAACCCCCCACCUGCAACCAACAAGGGCCCUUCAUCAGCGGAGUUCGAGCUCACAAGGAUUCGGAAACUCGAAACGAAGAACGUAUCUUUUCUAUGGAGUUUGCGGUGUACUGGCCGCUGGUGGAUAUGUGGCUGCUUACAUGGGACUAAUAAAAAAGCUAAAUGUGCCACCUUUCGUAGCAGCAAUGCACACUAGGCGGCGUUACAGGUUCAACUUUAUUUCAGAUGUCUCGGAAGUUGCUUCACCAGCCAUAGUCUACUUGGAACUUCGCGACACGAAGCGCUUCAAUCAGAUUACAGGACAGCAUGUGCCUAUUUCUGCUGGUUCAGGAUUCCUUGUGAAAUCCGAUGGAUUGAUAGUAACAAACGCCCACGUCAUUCUGCAAAAAAUGUCCCCAAAAUCUAAUAUAAAAAUUGUAGCGAAACUGCAUGAUGGCAGGGUCUUUGAUGCUUCAGUGGAGAGCGUAGACAGGGAGGCCGAUUUAGCUACCAUAAGGAUAGCUGCCCGCCAGCUGCCGACCAUUAAGUUGGGACGAUCCGUUGGUAUAAUGCCCGGUGAAUGGGUCCUUGCUCUGGGAAGUCCUCUUGCACUGAGCAACACCGUGACCUGCGGGGUGGUGAGUGCCUACAGAAAGUCUGAAGAAAUAGGACUAGAGAAAGGUAAAACCGUUUACAUCCAAACUGAUGCUUCGAUUAACAACGGAAACUCAGGCGGUCCAUUAAUGAAUGUGGAAGGUGAAGCCAUUGGUGUCAACUCAAUGAACAUUAUCCCAGGGAUAAGUUUCGCCACUCCAAUCGAUGAAGUUCGAAGAUUCCUCAAAGAAACAACUGACGAAGUGAGACGAUUACAAAUGUGCAGGGAAGCAUCCGAAAUCCGAUACUUGGGAGGUGUCAUGCUAAAUUUGACACCAGCGAUUGUCACGGAACUCAUCAGAAACGAUUUGAAUAUUUCCCCAAAAAUAAGGUUCGGUGUGCUGAUGCAACGAAUUGUCCCUAAUUCUCCAGCUGAAGCAGGAGGUCUUCUGCCUGGUGACAUUGUGACCCAUGUUAAUGGGAAGGAAGUGAAAUCAACUGCGGAUAUUUAUAAUGCACUUUCCGAGAAAAGCAAACUUAAUUUGACCGUCCAUCGUGCUGAGAGGCAAUUGAAGAUCGUUGUAACGCCUGAAGAUUAG